CGCUGAGCCUGCUUCCAGCUACCAUCAUCCACUACCACCACAGACUCUGUCGCACUCGUUAAACCCAACAUCUGAACGCUCUUGCAAGACAUUCACGAUGGCGGAAGGCAACGACAAGAGCUCGAACCCCAUGCGCGAGCUGCGCAUCGACAAGCUCGUCCUGAACAUCUCGGUCGGCGAGUCUGGCGAUCGUCUCACCCGUGCUGCAAAGGUGUUGGAACAACUGUCCGGUCAAACUCCCGUCUACAGCAAAGCCCGCUACACCGUCCGAUCCUUCGGUAUCCGUCGUAACGAAAAGAUCGCCGUGCACGUUACCGUCCGGGGCCCCAAGGCCGAAGAAAUUCUCGAGCGAGGCCUCAAGGUCAAGGAAUACGAACUCCGCCGCAAGAACUUCAGCGAGACAGGCAACUUCGGUUUCGGUAUCUCAGAACACAUCGACUUGGGCAUCAAGUACGAUCCCGCCAUCGGUAUCUACGGAAUGGACUUCUACUGCUGUAUGUCACGACCCGGUGCGCGAGUGGCCAGACGGAGACGGGCCAAGGCCAAGGUCGGCCGAAACCAUCAAGUCCACAAGGACGACACCGUCAAGUGGUUCAAGACUCGAUUUGAGGGUAUUGUGCGAUAAACCGCUUUGAUGGUUGUUGGUGGGGAAAGAGCGUUCAGUCCAACAUUUUCAAAAGGCUGGAUGCUGUACACACAAAGACGGCACCGACGCUCAGUUCAAUGAGGCAUGCGUUUCUGGACUCUGUGGUCGAAACGAGGUUCAGAUGAAGCCGAAGCCAAUGCCCGAAGGGCCAAGUCGAACCCGUAGAAGGGUAAUUGAUUCAGCUGUGUAACCAGGCAGAGCAUGUGCCAGCACGUUCAAGCUGCAAUGGAAGUUGCAUGAAGAUCACAUAUUUCUCUUCGUUGUGUUUGAACGUCCAGCCAUCCGUCGGCCAGAGCUUUUGCUUGAUACACUAACAUUAGCAAUCCCUAAUGCCCAUAUUUACGAUCAACCAUUUCCCUCCAACGCCAUGCUUGAUGCAAUAUUCCAAUC